AACGGAAAUAAUGCGCUGACUCCGCCCACUCACAGAUGGCGGCUUCUUAGAGUGAGGGAGAAAUUUAGUUUAUUUGAUACAGAUGUCAUUCAGACGCACGUUUGGGAAAUAACUGUCACUGAAACGAGAAUGUAGUGAAGGUUUAAUCUGAAGGAAAAGCAGCUGACUUUUUGUUCUGGGGGAUUUUGCCUAUAUUCUUCCACUUGUCCCAUUAGAGGGAAGAUGAAUUAGAAGACUUCUAAGGACACCAACUUUGCUUUCUUCGAAUUUAAAAUGCAAAGUAACCUCAGGCAGCACAUCACCUCUAUGGUGAAAGACAUAAUUCCACUUGGUGGUCCGCCAUGUCACAGAGCCAAGGAUAGAGGAAGAGCUCACCCAGUGCCACAAUGCUUAUCUCAGGAGACAAAUAAAAAGCCUGCACAUACUCUGAAACAUUUAUACCCACUCUUACAAUGCACACCUCCUCACCAAACUUCUGUGCUGGAAAGGAGGAAUAGAUCUGCUAUAGCUGUUCCUUCAAGCUCCAAAAAGAUCUUUGCAGGAGGCCAGGAGAGUCUCUCCAAUUACAAUGUACCAAUGGGAAAAGUACAAUUAAACAACAACCACCACUUAAAUAAUGAUGGAUCAUGCCAGUCUGCUGGUAAAAAAGAUGCUCCUUUACAAAGGCAGGGUUCAUAUGAUGAACAGAAAGAAUUUGCCUUUGCUUUCUGUAAGCAGCUGAAUGAGAAUUUGAAGGUUGUAAGGCCUGCGCAGCACAUAGAGAAUACUCGGCAUAAAAUGCCUUCUGUGCAUCCUGCGCUCAUUUCCUCAUCUAUGUCUGAGUGCCAAAAAGCACCUGCUCUAACAAACUUUCAGAAAAGACAGAGUCUUGACAGUAGUGUGACUCAGCAAAGCCAGCAGCCUGUUGAAAAGAUGGACAAACCGAACGAUCAUAGCUCAUCUUCAUUUAGCCAGGGAGAACACGUGCAUCACCAGGCAACUACACCAGUAGGUGGCAGAUCUCUAUCCUUGAAGAGACGAAGAGAACCCAGUGCAGAAAGAUAUGGGGAGGCCAAGAGAUUGUGUCUGGAAGACAUUGGACUUACCCCAUCUUCUAGUAGUGGUAGUUCUUUCCAUGUCAGCUCACCACCAAAGUUUAUCAAACGUGCCUUUUUGAAGACAUUUAAUGAGCCUGUGCUGACUCUAAAUGAGAAACGCUCCCCAACAUUAAAUAAUUAUACUGAAGACAGGACAAAGGCUUCAAACAAUGUAGCCAAACAGCUUUUUCAAGAACCAAGGACAGAAAGUCAUAAACACCAGACAGCAACUCUGAGCACUAUGGUCCAUGGAACAGGUCAACAAAAAGAAGAGAUGAGAAGGUCUACUGAAAAUAAAUGUCUUAUAGGUAACACAGCCACUGCUGACCCUUGCCCCACACUUUCCAGCAAACUUGACCAGAAACAAGAAGUUGGUUUCUCUGUCUCCUCACACACAAGUUUUUUGCCUGGCCUAACGGAUAAGUUUGAGAUCAGCUGUCCUCUCCAGCUACCAAAAGUUACUUCAUCCAGCUCUCUGGACAUCACAGACUUGCACAAUUCAAAGACCACUACCAAAUCCAGGAAGGAUGAACAGGAAAAGAGAGACCUGGUGUGGAAGGAUCCUCUAGAUUUGGAGUUGGGAGAGGAUGUGUUGGAGAGCUGUGUUCUCAGCCUCAGCAGCAGCCAGAGUAGUGAGGAGGAUCAUCUGCCGUCUUUUCAGGAGAUCCUGGAGUGCAGCACCCAUGUGCCCAUCACUCCAGAGAAGGUGACCUUCUCUGAGCCCAGCACUCCAGGCCUUAAAGUUGCUCCAGAGGAUCUUAAAACUAAGGCUACAAGGUACAAGAACACACUGGAGCAAAUGCUGAAGGAGAAAGAGCAGAAUCGAAAAUCUAAGGAGCUUGAAAUGCAGCUGCUUCAAGCUUGUAAAGAAGACCUUUUAAAACUGGACGAAGAGGAUGAAAAUGCAGAAGAAGGACUUUCACAUGAGCAAAGGGAAUUCUUACAGAGAUUCUCAGUAACCUCAUGUGUAAUAAGAGACAUCCACCCUGGAGAGGAAGUGUUCACUCUUACCAAGUCUGGCCGACUCUUCAACCAUCAGAGUCUGGACUUGAGGAAGAUGGAUGUUACCCCGAACAAUAGGGCACAGCAGACUCUGCUACAAGCAAAUUCAGAACAGCUUCUGACACUGUUGAGUGCAGGCUUGUUUAGAAGAGCUUACUUGUCUUCCCCCUGCCAGCCUCAGGUCACCCGCUGGCUUUUUCAGAUGAUGUCAGUCCACCCAAGCCCCAUUGUCUGUGCCCAGAUUCUUCAGGCCAUGAUGACUAUUGCCAUAUCUGCUGCUCAACAUAUAGUGGAGAAAAGCAGUAAGAAGUUUGAGGUGUGGGUGCCCAGUAUACAGGAUCUUGCACUAGUCUUCCUUAACAUGGGUGUGUCAUUUGUCAAUUUGUUUCCAUUGGAGGCUCUACAACCCCCUUUCACCGAGGGAGACCUGCUAGAAAGUUUGGAGAUCCAGCCUGAUGGUACAAGAAGUGAGAAAGGUGGUGAUACAUUUCCAGAGCACAAUUUUGAGAACAUAAUUAAGUACCUGGCACUAUGUUCAGCACUGUGUCCAAGGGUUUACAGUGAUGGAGAGCUGCUAUUGAUGUUGACAGUGGUGUGUAGAGUCAGUCUGGAGACACGUUUACAGCUGCUGCCGACUGGAGACCUCAGCUGCCUGCUACAGCACCUGCUCAACAACAUGGCAGACUGGGAAAUGCAGUUGUCUCAGGUUUGCCAGGCCAUUACCAAUCUGAGUGACGAUCACCACAACCUCAGACGGCUGGUACAGCUUUUACCUCACAGUGACCGCGGAAAGCAAUUGAGGAGACACGUAAGCGUAUCGAUCAUCUCAAAACUGUUAAACCACAGAUGCACUUAUACACCCUCAUGCACAGAAUUUCAGCUGUCUGAGCUGAGAUAUUACCUACCUCGAAUGCGUCCCUCCUUGCUGUUAAAGGGCUUAAUGGCUGCAAAGACCACAGAGCCACAGGAGACUGAUGACUGUGCCACCACUCCAGACCAACAGGCUUAUUACCUCUGCUAUAGCCUUUUGGCUUUGACAAACGAAGCCUCCAAUUUUGAGUUUUUACCCUCAAACCAGAGAAACGAGCUGCUACUACUGUCUGCUGAAUUGGAGAAACAUGUUAAGUGUGACAUCAGGGAGAGUGAGAAAAUGCUUUACAGGAGUAAGGUGAAAGACUUUGUUGCUAGAAUAUACACCAAAUGGCAGGUGCUUCUCCAAAGAUCAAGACCCCAAGAGGGAAAGCUGUAUGAUUACUGGAAACCUCUUCCUGAGGAUGAAAUGCCCAAGAAAGAGAACCAAUCCUCUGAGAUGGAAGACACAGAGGAGUCACUGAGUGAGGAGUCUGACAUUGUCCAGUCAGAUGAGGAAGAGUGCAUGGAGGAGAAAGAUGAAGUAUCAGUGGAGAGUGAGGAAAAGCUAGAGGACAGUGUAGAAACGAUUCAAGAGAAGAUUGAAGAGUUACAGGAGGUUUCUGUUGACCUAAAAGAGAAACAAAGCUUGAUAAACCGGGAUGACGAAGAUGCAGAGGAGACGAACGAUGAUAUGGCAAUAGAUGAAGAACUUCUAGGAGGAAGUUCUGAUGGGUCAGUAGAGAGUGAUGAUGAUGAAGACCUCAUUAAAAGAGAAGAAGAGCUUCUUAAAGAUGAUGAGUUUAUAGAUAGAAAUGGAGAUCUUGUGGGGGAAGAAAAUGAUGAGCCUAAGAAUAUAUAGCUUUCAGGGAAGAUAUGUUCAAGAAAACAAAUAAGUUGCUCUUAGUUGAAUUGAGUCAUUUAUUGACAUCUGGACAUGGUUGCCUCUCUUUCCUGUAUCACCUAAACAUAUCUAAUGUUAUAUGAAAGGGUGGUAUAACACAAAUAUAGAAGGAAGCCUCACACAGAGUUGAAGCUAUGCUGUCCUAAGAAUUUGUCAAUGAGUGAAGAGCAGGUUUCCCCAUUUCACUCUUUAGGGAGUUUUAGGCUGUCCACAUAUUUCCUCCUUGUAUUUCUCAGUACAACUGUACCAGGCGCUUACUUGCUUGGUUCAAAUCACUGUGCUAUAGUGUGAAAGAACAAUUAUUUUCUAGCAGAUUUUUAUAUUAAGUAAUAAGUAUGAUUCACUGUACUGCCUUAACAACCCUGUAGAGGGGGCUUUUUCCUUAUUCAGUCAUUGGCACAGGGUUUCUCAUCUUUAAGCUGCUGAUACCUUGGUGAUUUUUAUUUAUGUUUUGCUUUUUUACACUUUGCUGAGGUAUCUGACGUAGCGGGAAAAUAAUAAAGAGCAAAAUUAAUUCACCUUAAUUUGUUUCUGUGGCCGGUUUACAGCCAUAGAAAAUAGAUACACAGUUGAGGACAUAUCUGAAGAUAAAUUUUAAAGCACUUUUUUACAUAAUGUUAAAAAUAUUUUUAAUGGUCAAAUAAUUGGCCCAAUAAAUCUGUUUACAUUUAUUGUAGUAUGCAAAGGAAGGUAUAACUGCUGGCAGAAUAAUAUAUAAUUGAUGAGGCUAAUAUUGGAUGGUAGAUACAACUAGAGAAGUCAUUUUUAUAUUGAUAAAUUGUACAUUUAUUAAAGUUAUUUUUUAUUAUAAAUUUCUUUGAAGUUUCCAUUUAAAAUCAGUAGUGCAGUGCUUUACUUUGAUGCCGCUUUGGUUGGAUGAAACCGUGGCCUCUUGAUUCAGUGACUUUCUUGGGGAAAUCUUGCAUAAAUACAUCUGCAAUCUUCAGCUUUAACUAUAACUAUGAUGUAUAUAAAAUGUGGCAUAGAAAAUACCAGAUCAAAUAUGUUUUGCUAUGUAUGUGUAAUAUAUCAAUACUAUUGCACUGGGUGUGACUGAAUGUGUACUAAUGGCAUGAUCUUAAAACAGCUGCUUCACUGUUUUACUUUCGUUGUCCAGUGCUGUUUCUUUGUUAUAUUCAAAUUUUUGUCAUGGGAAUAUUAUACAUAUCAUUUGUAAAAUAAAAAUAAUUACAUUUUUGUAUUAA